AUGGGUAUCGAUCACACUUCCAAGCAACAUAAGAGAUCAGGUCACAGAACCGCUCCAAAAUCUGACAAUGUCUAUUUGAAAUUGUUAGUCAAAUUAUUUUCCUUUUUAGCCCGUCGUACUGAUGCUCCAUUCAACAAGGUUGUUUUGAAGUCAUUGUUCAUGUCUAAGAUCAACAGACCACCUGUUUCCGUUUCUAGAAUCUCUAGAGCUUUAAAACAAGAAGGUGCUGCCGCCAAGACUAUUGUUGUUGUCGGUACUGUUACCGAUGACGCAAGAGUCUUCGAAUUGCCAAAGACUACUGUCGCUGCUUUGAGAUUCACUGCCUCUGCCAGAGCUAGAAUCGUUAAGGCUGGUAGUGAAUGUAUUACUUUGGAUCAAUUGGCUGUCAGAGCACCAAAGGGUCAAAACACUUUGAUCUUGAGAGGCCCAAGAAACUCCAGAGAAGCCGUGAGACACUUCGGUAUGGGUCCACACAAGAAUAAGGCUCCAAGAAUCACUUCUACUGGUAGAAAGUUCGAAAGAGCCAGAGGUAAGAGAAGAUCUAAGGGUUUCAAGGUGUAA